CGAGCCUCCAACAUCUGCAACCGCGGCCGACAUCACCACCACUUCCAGGCACCUGACAGCUACGGAUUUUGGAGACCGAGAGGAGAAGGUCUCGCGAGCGCAAUGUCUGCGUUCCGAGCCCGCGCAAUCGGUCGAGAUACCGCUCCGAUGACAGGCGCGUGCGGUAUAUGAGUGUGAUUCGGCAUAGUUGUCUCUGGUAGCAUAUCGUUAACAAAAUAAACUUCUGACUUCACACCAAUCCGGUCUUCUCACAAACAUCAUGCGUAUUCUUAUCACAGGGGCCGCUGGCUUCAUCGGCCAACUUGUAGCGAAAAAGCUUCUCGAUGACGAGAAGGGCGCGCAUUCUCUCAUCCUGACCGACAUCAUCGAACCGCCCAUCCCAGACGCCCGUUCCAGGAGUCAGACACAAGCCAUCAAGGCAGACUUAUGUACGGAAGCAGAUUCCGUCGUUACCAAAGACAUAGAUGCCGUCUAUGUCUUCCACGGCAUCAUGUCUUCAGGCGCCGAGGCUGAUUUCGAGCUGGGUAUGAAAGCAAACUUUGACGCAACCCGCGCAUUACUCGAAGCUAUCAGGAAGACAUGUCCGGGAGUAAGAGUAAUCUACGCCUCAAGUCAGGCAGUAUACAACAACUCCAUCACACUACCUGUUACGGAAUCUCAAAUGCCGACACCAGAGACGAGUUAUGGUGCAGAGAAGAUGAUGUGCGAGUACCUCAUUACUGAAUACACACGGCGCGGCUUCAUCGACGGUAUCUCACUUCGCUUCCCUACUGUCUCGGUACGGCCAGGGAAACCAACCGCCGCGGCGAGUUCCUUCAUCAGUGGCAUGAUUCGCGAACCGAUGAAUGGCAUCAAAUGCGUUAUUCCAUUAGAAGACAAGCAAUGGCGACACUGGCUCUGUUCUCCUCGCAUUCUAGUCCAGAAUCUAGUGUACGCGGCUACAGAUUUCGACAUCAACCGCCUCGCAAAGUUCGACCGCUGCUUAAACUUCCCUGGCAUCGGCGUCUCAGUGCAGGACAUGAUGGAUUCGCUUGCUAGGGUAGGUGGUAGCGAUAAGCUUGCAUUGCUAGAGAUGAAGGACGAGCCUACACUCAAGAAGAUACUAUAUUCUUGGCCUGCGGAAUUUGACAAUACGAAGGCUUUGAAUCUGGGGUUUGCGAGAGAUACUGGGUUUGAUCAGAUUGUAAGGGAUUAUGUGGACGGGUUGGCGCCAAAAGCUAGUGUGAGGGGGGACGAGAGAACGAGCCAGAAGGUUGAGAAUGUACGGGUGAAUGCUGUUGAAGUAGCAGCGUAAUGCUGCGCGCUGUAGUAUAGCUAGAAUACAUCAAUAUCUCACAU